CGUGAGUUAUGAUUGGCUUUCCGCUUUUCUGCCAAGAUGUGAAUGCGCCCUUAUGAAUAAUCUAAUGUAAUAACCUAACUUGUGCGAUGAACUGUUCAAAACGAUGUUUAACGAUUUAAUUUCAUUAAUCAUAUAUCAGACAAAAUAUAAUUUUUAAACAAUUUGUAAUAUGUCGAACGGAUUCGUACAUUCUGUUGCAGUCCCGCGUAUUUAUAAAUUCACGGCCGAUAUUGUACGCCGCGUGCGAGAAGAUGGUGCCAGUCCAAAGACAUUAAUUUACGAGAAGAAUCACCCAAACAUAUCUGGUAUAUAUGGUCUCUCGAUGAAUACCUUGCGAAUGCUGCCUCAUUUAGACCAACUUUUCCACAAGACCCAUAUUCUCACAGAGCAACCACGUUUGGAUCCCUGGUUAGCUAAAGUCCUCGUAACGGAGCUUCUAUGGGGCAAAAAAUGCUUAAAGAGCCACUCCAAACCAGUUUUAGCUGUGUUAGCUUAUGAGAAGAAGUUGCAAGAAGAGUUGAAAAACCUCAACUACAUAGAGACUUCCAUCUCUUAUAAACAAAAAGUGCGAAAACCUCGAUACGUUCGUAUCAACACUCUUUUAAUAUCAGUUGAGAAAGCCAUCUCUUUAUUCCAAAAGGAAGGAUGGAAAUUACUACCCAAGAGCACAACAUACUCCUCAUAUCUGCGGUCCUUAUUACAAUUAUCGAAACCUUAUUUUAUACAAGAUUUGCAUAUACCGGAAGUGUUUGCUUUUCCGUCCUCAACAUAUUUUCACAAACAUGCCAGUUAUAAAAAUGGCGAAAUCAUCCUUCAAGAUAAAGCUAGUUGUUUGCCGGCACAUUUGUUGAAUCCAGUUAGUGGUUCCAUAGUGCUAGAUAUGUGCGCGGCACCUGGUAUGAAAACUACUCAUAUAGCAGCAAAGUUACAAAAUUAUGGACAGAUUUAUGCUGUGGAAAUCGAUGCUAAAAGAUUUGAAACUUUAUUCAAACAGAUAAAGACAAGUCAUUCCUUCUGUGUGAAACCUCUUAAUCAAGAUGCUCUAACUCUUGAUCCUAAGCAGUAUUCACAUGUGGAAUAUAUUCUGGUCGAUCCAAGUUGUUCUGGAUCAGGUAUUGUGGAUAGACCAGAACAAAGUAAUACGAACAAUAAGCUUUUGUCAAAGCGCCUGCAAAAUCUACACUCAUUCCAAGUUUACCUUCUUAGAUAUGCGCUAUUUAAUUUUCCGAAUGCAAAAAGAAUAAUCUAUAGCACCUGUUCUCUUUAUCCUGAGGAGAAUGAAGAAGUAAUAGAUGAAGUUCUCGCUGAUAUUGGCAAUGCUUAUUGCUUGGUGCCAGCUAAAGAGUUAUUGGGAAAUAAUUGGACAAAUUUCAGUUCCAAAAGAUACAAUUGUGCAGAUAAAUGUUUGUAUUCGAAGCCCAAUAUUGAUUUUUGCAAUGGCUUUUUCGUGGCGAUAUUUGAUAGAAAUUUCGAUGUGGCACUGCCAGAAUGCAAACGUAAAGGAGGUAAUAUAAAUUCUACUAUAGCAAAUUUGGAUAUAAAAAAAAAUGAUAUGGUGGAGAAAAUUGAAUGUAAGCAAAAACAAGACAAAAGAGAGAAGGAGGAGGAGCAAAAAAUCUCAAUGAAUGAUGAACAAAUAAAGAUAUCAAAGAAUAUUGAAUUUGCACAAGAAAACAAAGUAGAAAAUGGAGUAAAAGCAAAAAGAAAUAAAAAAGAUGUAAAAAAAAUCGAUAAUUGCUUUUUAUCAAAUUUGAAUCAGGAAGUAAUAACAUUGAACAGGCCUGAAGAUAUUCAGAUGAAGAUAUCAGAAGAUAUGAAGCGAAAAAGGUUAAAGGAAAAGAAAAGAUCAAAACCUGAAAAUCUACCUUUUAUAGAAAAAAAUAAAGAAAUGAUAAAAGUUAGUGACUUUAAAAAGAGAAAUCUAAAUGAAAAAAACAAAAUUGAGCCACCAAAGAAGAAAAAGAAAAAGAGAAAUGAGGAAAUCCUAAAAAUUGCAAAAGAAGAAAAAGAAGGGUAAGGAAAUCUAAAAGUUGAUAAAAAUCUAUGCUCGAAGAACAAAGAAGAAGAUAGAGCAAAAUAAGCAAAAAUAUCAAGAAGCAAAU